AUGAAGACCUUGGUGCGCCAUGGGCUGGCUGCGUGUCUAGCGCUCACCACCAUGUGUACUAGCUUGUUGCUCAUGUACAGCGGCCUCGGUGGCGGCCAGAAGGAGCACCCCCAGCAACGGGAGCAGGAGCAGGCAGCGGCGGGGGCCAGCGGCAGACCGGCAGCGGACGGAGAACUGGGGCAGUCCCCGCAGCGCCCCGGAAUUCCUCAGGGUGGGCGGCUCAUGGACGGAUACAUCAGCGUCCUGGAUCAUAAGUCCCUGAAGAUGCACUGCAAGGACUGUGCCCUGGUGACGAGCUCGGGCCACCUCCUGGGCAGCCGCCAGGGAGAGCGCAUCGACCAGACGGAGUGCGUGAUCCGCAUGAACGACGCGCCCACCCGCGGCUACGGCCGGGACGUGGGCAACAAAACGAGCCUUCGAGUCAUCGCCCAUUCCAGCAUCCAGAGGAUUCUCCACAAGCGGCAGGAGCUCCUGAACACGAGCCAGGGGACGGUGUUCAUCUUCUGGGGGCCCAGCAGCUACAUGCGGAGGGAUGGCAAAGGGCUGGUCUACAACAACCUGCAGCUCCUGAACCAGCUCCUCCCACGCCUGAAAGUCUUCAUGAUCACGCGGCACAAGAUGCUGCACUUUGACGAGCUUUUCAAACGGGAAACUGGCAAGGACAGGAAGAUCUCCAACACUUGGCUCAGCACUGGCUGGUUCACAAUGACGAUUGCAUUAGAGCUCUGUGACCGAAUAAAUGUCUAUGGCAUGGUGCCCCCCGAUUUCUGCAGGGACCCCAACCCCCCUUCGGUACCUUAUCACUAUUAUGAGCCUCUGGGACCUGAUGAAUGCACGAUGUACAUCUCACACGAGCGGGGACGGAAGGGGAGUCAUCAUCGGUUCAUCACAGAGAAGCGUGUCUUUGAGAACUGGGCUCGGGCCUUCAAUAUCCACUUCUUUCAACCAGACUGGAAGCCAGAAUCGCUGGCUGUCACUCACGCUGAGAUCAAACCGGUGUUCUGA